GCUGUCUUUUCUUGGUCAAAUGCCUCGCCCCAUUCCGGCUUCCCCGCCUUUCGUCUUCUCCAAGGAACUCUGAGUUUAAGACCGCCCUUGGCCGUGCGAGGAAACAGCAAACGAUCUUUGGGUAGGCGGUGAGAGAGAGUGAGGAUGGUACUGCCCGUGGUGAAGUUGGGAUCUCUCGCUCUGAGAACCCUCAGCAAGCCAAUUGCCUCCAGGCUCAAGCAACAAGCCGGCUUCCACCCAAGGUUCCGCCAGUUCAUCAUAAACCUCGCCCAGGUGAAUCAUCGCUUCACCACAACCAUGCAGAGGCGCCUGUAUAACCAUUCAACUGACACCGCGAUUCAUCCUUUGAAUGAAGAGAAAGCUGUUCAAGCUGCUGCUGAUCUUUUUGGGGAACUCUUGAUCUUUUCGGUUGCUGGAGCUGCUAUAAUCUUUGAGGUCCAAAGAAGUGCUAGAUCAGAAGCUAGAAAAGAGGAAUCGCGUAAACAGGAACUUGAGGCUUUGAAGCAAAAGGAGGGGAAUUUAGCAAGAGAGAUAGAGCUACUGAAGCAGAAGUUCAAUGAGCUAGAGCAUCUUGCACAAGGACGAGGUCCUUUUACUAUUCCCAACUUCAGAUCUCGCCACGCACCUGAAAGCACUAAGCCAAUGGCUGCUGCUUAGUAGAUUUGGGCGACUUAAAAUUUCAAUUAGUUGUCUGCUAAGUAGGUGCUAGUGCUUUAUUCACAUUACAAUCUUCCUAUCUUGCCAUCGUUCUUUGCUUUUACAGCAUUUCCAUGUGAUAAUGCCGGUGAUUCGAGCUAGUGAAGGAAUGUGGUUAAAUUUCUUGGCAUGUAGUUUCAUCGUCCUUGUACGUGUAAAGGGAAGCUGGUCUUCAUAGUAUAGACCAUCAAAAAAAAAAGAAAGGCCAGAGGCAGGUUUUGUAUAAAGAUCUUUGGUUUCUGACUGCCAGGAUCUAUUGAGUGUCAUGAUUGUCUUGGAUUACACAUUGUAUCUUAAAAGUGAUUCUUUUUCUUUCCUUUGGCAAAAAUAUUGAUAUUUGCUAUCUAAUCCAAAAGUUUAAGGACCCAAAGUUUUCUUUUUGAUGGUAGGAACAAAUAUAGGUCUCUUCUUUGGAUCAGAAAACAUGUGCAAGGCAUUGCCUUUUAACCAGUUAUAAUCUGGAAGGAGUAGGGUAAUAAUUACUGCUGCAAUUCAGGAACUACUGGGAGUCAUCAGUUCUUGCAGAUCUGCAUGUCAGGGUUAUUGAGGUUAGGCCAUCGUAUAUGCUGCGACAGGCCUCUGGAAUAUGUUUCAUCUAAAGCAUCAGACCAUGGUGGUGUAGAUGUGCUAAAAAUUAAAGUUUUGGUCGACUAUCCUUACAUGAGCUUGAGUCUGCUUAAUGAAUUUUUCAUCAGCUA